AUGUUACCACUAGAACUCAACAAUGACCAUAUAUCCCGCCUUGAUUACUUGGAUGUGCAGGUCAACAAACCGAUCCACUUCAUCGAAAUCAAGAUGACAGCUGAAUUCAACUUCGACCACCAAGAUGGCAUUUUAUCCUUCUUUCCUAGUAUCCGUUCAGCACUGCUCGCCUCUGAGCCUAUCGAGGACGCUAAGGAGAAACACAUUUUAGAAGACAUGUAUUCAGUCUUCGCGGAUUCAUUUGCAUGUAUAGUUUGCUGUCGCAAAUUUAGAUGGGACCGCAUUCAGCUCCCAGAUGCAAUGCUUAAAAAGAUAGCAGCAUUAGACGAGGUUGAACACCAGCAUUCACCCAUUCCAGACAGUCCUCUGUCUACUGUGCUCUCUAAACAACUGGCGGACACCAAUAUCAGUGACUCGUACAUAUUUCCUGACCCUCUACCUCCUGCAGUUGUCUUGCCACAACUGGCAGAUGAAUAUGUAAUAGCGGACCGGCGUUCUUCCACCAGCUCCAUCCGCACGUUGGUGUCAUCUCUCUCGUGCUCUACAAUUACAUUGCCUUAUUCCACUUGCUCCUCUCUUCAUUCGCUGUCCAAAGAUGAUACCCAGGAACAUGCCCUUUUGUCCCAACCACUCAUAAGGGUACCCACUCGAACCCAGCCACAUGGAGUCACCAGUUCAGAGUGCCUUCCUAGCCCUGCGCCUCCUCGCUCUAGUAUUACUCAGCGCAAACGUCACCAUCCCAGACGUGAAACACAAGCAUCUACCACUUCGCAGUCAACCCAAACUAUGAUGCCCCCCUCUGCCACGUCAUUGCAGUCUAACGACACUAUGUCGUCUCCCUUCGUAAAGCUUCCGCAGCCAGUGUCGCACCCUUUCAUUAUUUCACCACUGUCACCUCCCUUGAAGUCUGCACCGAUACCUCCCACAAUGCCCACUUCUACAUGA